CUCUUGUUCAUCUUGCCGAGAAUCAUUUUGGUCGUUUGCCCAACAAAUUAGAUGCUUCUACCAGUAAAUUUGCCAUGAAGAAGGCUGUUUUUACUGGAGCUGAUUUCAGAGUGAGAGAUUCUAAUGCCCACCAAGCUCAUAUCGCUGUGGCUGUGGAGGGUGCUAGUUGGACAUCUCCUGAUUACUUCCCUCUUUUAGUCAUGCAAUCCAUCAUUGGUUCUUGGGACCGUUCUUUAGGUGCUACAGGACAUUUGGAUUCAAGAUUAUCUUCUGUUUUACACAACAAUCAACUUGCCAACUCGUUCAUGUCAUUCAACACUUCAUACAAGGACACUGGACUCUGGGGUAUUUAUUUGAUCACCGAGAAUAAGGAACGUAUUGGCGAUUUAUUGGCUUCAACAAAGAAAGAAUGGAGUCGUUUAUCUACAUCUGUCACCGACGAGGAAGUUCAACGUGCUAAACAACAAUUAAAAGCUGGUUUAUUAUUAAGUUUAGACGGUAGUACUCCUAUCGCUGAAGAUAUUGGUAGACAAUUGCUGACUUCAGGUGAUCGUAUGUCACCAAAGGAGGUCGAACAGUUGGUCGCUAAGGUCACUGUCGAUGACGUGAGACGCGUUGCUAGAGAGUACCUGAGUGGUGAUGCUGCUGUUGUUGGUAUCGGUGCCGUUGAUAAUAUGCCUGACUUCAAUAGCCUUUAA